AUGCCGAACACACCAGAAGCCAAAAACCCAGAGACGUUUCUCAAAGAUCCUCGCUUUUCCCAAACAUUCCAACUCCCAGCGGAUCCUUCCGACGGCCACGGGAGUCUUCAGGUGAAAUACGCCGACUACGGCUAUCACAACCCGACGAGCCCUCAAGAUGAGCACGUCUUGCUUUUCUUUGCGCCACUGUGCGCAUCGCGUAUCUUUCACUGCGCGAAGGACGACUUGGCUAAGAAAUACCGUGUUCGUAUUGUUGUAAUGGAUCGGCCAGGUUUUGGGGGUACGGACGCGGUCAAGUUGGACAAACGCGCAGUUUUAUGUCGAAAAAUGACCUUGGCCCUUCUUCGGCAUCUAGAAAUAAAGCACGUAUCUAUAGCUUGUCACAGCGGAGGAACGAUCUAUGCGCUCGACAUGUUACUCCAUCACCCGGAGAUUCUCCACCCAGAGCGCUCAUACAUCGCCAUAGGAGCACCCUGGAUCUUACCAUCACGCUCUCACCUAUGGUCCACGUCUCUCAUUCAAGCAUUACCAGAUACGAUCAUGGCACAAGCAGACAAGGUCAUUGGUUUCGUAAACGGUACCUUGGGCCCAGUCUUUGCACCGUCGGCUGGGAUUAGCCAGAUCUUCAGAAGUUCAGCUCGGUCUGGACCUGGGGAGGUGGGAGAGAUCAACGCGGAUGCUGCGCUUGAGGAGUCUUUGGAGUCUCAUUUCUUCGGCUUUGUACAUUCGGAGAGUAUCAAGGGAUUCUCGGAUGAGUUGCAGUUUCUCAUGCAGAAGGUUGAGGGAGUAUCUGGAUGGGGUGAUUGGCUUGAUUAUGACGAUUUGAUGCCAAAGUUGGUAGAAGCGCUGAAGGGAGCUGGCAAGCAAUUAACUGUGGAGGUGUUUUAUGCUGAACAAGAUUCUCUGAUUGGGUCACCUGGGGGUCAGGGACCGCAGUGGUUGAACAGUUGCUGGGAGGGUGACAUUGCCAAAGAGAUGGUGACCUACAAGACUAAUACCGUCAAAGGGACGGAUCAUGACACCAUCUGGAGUAUACGCCAAGGUGUCCCAGAAGAGGUACUCAAGAAGGUUGGAUCAUAA